AUGAAAUGGAAGCUCACCGUGAGUAGCGCGCGCGAGCAAAGGCGCCGCGCCGCGCCGCGCGUACAGCUCGAGCUGAUCGGAUCGAUCCAUCGCCUCACCCGCCAUCGCCCUUGUCAGAGAGGCAGCUUUCGCCCCAAAUUGCUCAGUCUGGUCGAGAGCAAUUCGUCUGUCGUCGUGCGCGAGACGACAUGCAGGGCUUGGCGAGAGGUGCAAACGUCGCCCGAGGCGGCCAUCAAGGCGCUUUCGGAGCUCAAAGGCGUGGGUCCGGCAACUGCGACUGCCAUCCUGUGCGCACUCACGCUGGGCCAGUACGCAUUCAUGUCGGAUGCAGCCAUGGAGCGCGCGUGCGGUAUGAAGCCGGAAUACACCGCGAAAGCCGCAACGCAUUUCCGAAACAAGAUGCAAGAGAGGAUGGAUACGGAUGAACCGAGAUGGAAGAGCCUCGACGAGCUGGAGCGAGCUGCUUGGGCCUUCGACACGCUGAGCCGGCUCGGUACGCCGCCGGCCAACGAUGCCCCCACCAAUCAGCUACCACCGCAGACAAAGCGCAAGGCACCCUCUCCUCUUGCGCAGACAGAAGGCAGGAGGAGCUCAAGACGCAAAAAGGCGUGA